UGGUGUAAAAUGUCAAAAAUCCCAAUCAGCCAUGCUGUGACAUUGUUUACAAAACAAGAAGGUAUCAAAGUGCAUCAAGCACGCAGGUAUCACCGGCUUUAGAUUAUUGAGCGACUGAAUAAUAUCGGUUCAGUGACACGGAAUCCGAGGAAAGUCUGUUCCUUCUGGCUCAGAAGCUGAGCAAACUCUAAUCAACGAUGAUCUCUUGCGGGUACGGCAUCUGGACGAAGUGUCGAGUUCGGCGAUAUCGGAUGCUUUGCGCUGAAGUUGUCGUCGAGGAUCUGCUAAAAGACUGAACGUGCGGCACUGGCCAACGAUGCCAGUCGGAGGGCGGUGAAGUUAAACCCAUUCAUGAGGCAAUCGUUGCCGAACUAUGCCAGCGUGGAGAGAAACCGGAUCCGACGGAAGUGUUUCAGCUUUCGAGCACCGAUAUAUUUGCCACUAGUCAGCCAACGGCCUUAAACUCGUCGGUGGUUUGGUUCGGAAAUGGAUGUGGCGGAGGUGGGGGAGGAGGAGUAGGAGGUGGUGGCAGUUUUAUUAUUAACCCGGACGUCGGAAUCGAGCUUCAACAGCAGCAGCAUCAACAGUUAAUUAGCGGUAGUCAUUUAUCUACUCCACUAGAUCAGAUUGGGGUCCCAUACAGAAUAUAAUCAAUACACCAAAUAAUGCUCCACAACAGCAACCUUAGCUCCAACAGAGUCAGAAUAUAUCUAGUAUAACAGAUGUUGAACAAACUCCAGGCAGUGGUGCAGGGGCGGAAGUGGGGACCCCUUUCCGGAAGCAACAGUUUAAGUAUCUAGCCACCAUGAGUCCUACCAUUCCUAGUUUCGAUGUUUUACCUAUAAUGCAUAGUCCAGUUUUAAGCAGUGACCAAUCGAAUUUGAUAAUGCCACCUUCGCCACAGCAGUUCUCGACUUUGGCCACCGGUUGUCAUCAGCCGCAACAACCUCCCGGUUCGUAAAUCCAACAACAGCUGAAUACGAUACAGCAACAGCAAAUCAUAGCCGAAAGUGAACAGCAGAAAAUUGCUCUCCUGUGCAGUAACUAAAAGUUGCGUGGCCACCACAAUUUAGGUACAAUGUGCAACAUAAUUAAAAGGAAAAUGGAUACUACGACAACAAUGAUGCUGCUGCAGCUACAAAAAACAAACACCAAACCGAUUGUGUUUAGUCAGACAGGCAGCCAGUUGAUGACGCUGCGAACAUCCAACACGACCGGCGGUGCCCUGCAGGCCCAUAAUGUACGGCGAAGUUCCAGGCUUUUUAGCAACAACAACUAUUCAGUGAAGGAGAACACCAAGAGUCCUCAACUGAAUUAUAAAUUCGUGGCAUCUCGAUCUCCGCCGCUUAAACCUAACAUAAGAAUUUGCAAGAAUCUAAACAGUAGUACGGCCAGCUUGCUGGAAAAUGUCCAUGAACGAAAGUCUUCAACCGGAAGCGAUGGAAAGGAGAAGAUCGAAACCAUCACUUCCAGUGAAACGUUAAGUGAAAAAGUUUUCAUCAACAACAGUGUCAACAGUGCCCAGAAAAUGGCACAGCACGGGCUGGCCAUGAAAAAAACAGAGCGCCGAUGGCUUGAUGACACUGCUGCGGGAACUCGGCCAGAACUAUCUUCGGUUACAGAGCUACGAGUGCGCAAAGGCUAUCGAACGCUUCAGUAACGUUCCAUCGCAUCACUACAACAGCAGUUGGGUUAAAAGUAUGAUCGCCCUGUCGCACCACGAGAUACGAGAUUAUGAAGCUGCCGUUAACAUUUUCCGGCUGAUUCAUGUUGAUAAAAUAAUAUAAAUCGUUCAACCAGUCUUUUUUAUAAACUUCCGUAAUUUUCAUCAAUAUUCAAAAAUAAAAAUAUUUCACAAAGUUUUGGUUUAUAUUUUUGUCAGUAUUUUAAUACAGAACCAGCAUUUUUGUCGAAUUGAAUAGAAUACAAUAAUGUUAAAAACCUAGGAUACCAUGACAUCGAGCAUGGUAUGUUUGGUCGUGUGAGGACCACCUUGUCGCUAAAGCGAAUUUCAUAGAUUCCCUUCGGGCCUGAGG